AUGUCAAGCAUUUUAAUAAAACUUCUAUUAUUGUUAAUUAAUCUGAUUAUCUGUCAAUCACAGGAUUUCAAAGAUGUCAAACUGCCUAACUUGCCCAGUCUAACUGAAUAUGAUGAUUAUGAUGAAAGUUUGCCAUUUGAAAAAGAUAUUUUGGUUAUACCCAAUCGUUUUCCAAAAGAUUUAAACUUUUUCUGCUAUCCAAGAACAGAUUUGAUUCGAGAUCGUAUGUGUUAUGGACAAUUGGAUGCCUUCUCUCUUCUUUGUGCUGAUGAUACACCACCCAUACAUAUAGUUCCUUUCUGUAUUGCAUUUAAGCAUUCAUGUUCAAAAUUGAAUUAUCCAUCUGAGAAUUAUUGUUCAAGAGAGAAAAAGCAAUAUCGUCGCUAUUGUAAGAGCAUGAGAUUACGAAAUUGUGAAAAUGCUUACUAUGACACAAGUUGUAGUUGUGAGCCAUAUGAGAAUCAUUGGAGAAGAUAUGGAUUCGAUACAGCUGUUUGGUGUCAGAAGUAUGAAUUGUACUGUGAUGAAGAUAAGCGACGUGAGAAAGCAACAGAGAUAGUUCCAAUACUGAAGGAUGCUGUACGUGUUCAUUACAGAUGUUUCCACAUGUUUAACUUGGUUCAAGUAAUCUGCAAUCCAUUCCGAAAACAAUUUGAUUGGGAUAGAUGCAUGAAGUUUGUUUUGGAUUGUGAACUAAUCAGUGAUUUCGAAGAAGACGAUAAAGACGAGUCGGGUGAAAUUUCUUCAAACAAGAUGUCAACGUCGACGGAGAUUGUUGUUGAAACCAACAGUGGAGCAAAUAAAUCCUCCGACGGUAAGGAAGGAUUCAUUGGAACAGCUGAAGAGGAAAAAUCUGCCAAAAAAAUAGCUGAAGAAGAAAAACUGCUUGAAGAACUUAUCAAAGAGAGUGAAAGAGAGGAAAUGCACAAUACUACUACGACUACAACUACGAUGACGACUCCUAGUGCAACAAGCAUGAGUAAUGCCACUAACGUCUUUCAACCCAUGAUGGAACUUGACCUGAAAGCUUUCGAAACAAAUGACACUCUCUUGGCACUAUUAGAUUCCGACAAAAAUAUUGACAAGUCGACGUCCAAUCUUGAAAAAUCUGAAAAUGUCAUCAAAUCCUCUGAUGUAGUAAUAGCAGAUGAUCCAAAGCAAACACCGACAAGCUCGUCUUCAUUCCAAGUACCAAAAGCUCAUGCGGCAGCCCCACAACCACCGUCCGCCUCCAUAGCAUCAUCGCGAUCCAUCCUUCGGAAACGACUGGCGAUGACCUCUUCCGUCCUCCGUCCGACUGUCGGAACAUCGUCAAACGUCGGAAAAGCGUUAACUUAA